CGUCGCCGGUGAGGCACCGCCCGCCCGGAAGGAGCUGGAGCGAGCCGAGGCCGCGGCAGCCAUCGCGCACUGCUGUUGGGUCUCCGCGGGAGCAGGGCCGACGUCAAGCGAGGAGUUGCGUCCGCUCGCGCCGCGGCCCCUGUAAGAUCUGGAUAUGUCCUUCAUAUUUAAUUGGAUCUACAGUGGUUUCAGCAGCGUGCUACAAUUUUUAGGAUUAUAUAAGAAAACUGGUAAAUUGGUAUUUCUUGGAUUGGAUAAUGCCGGAAAAACAACAUUGCUACAUAUGCUAAAAGAUGACAGACUUGGACAACACGUCCCAACAUUGCAUCCCACUUCAGAAGAACUGACUAUUGCCGGUAUGACUUUUACAACAUUUGAUCUGGGUGGACAUGUGCAAGCCCGAAGAGUUUGGAAAAACUACCUUCCUGCUAUCAAUGGCAUUGUAUUUCUGGUGGAUUGUGCAGACCAUGAAAGGCUAUUAGAAUCAAAAGAAGAACUGGAUUCACUAAUGACAGAUGAGACCAUUGCUAAUGUGCCUAUCCUGAUUCUUGGGAAUAAGAUCGACAGACCCGAAGCCAUCAGUGAAGAGAGGUUACGAGAGAUGUUCGGCUUGUAUGGUCAGACCACAGGAAAGGGCAGUGUAUCCCUGAAAGAACUGAAUGCCCGACCGUUAGAAAUCUUCAUGUGCAGCGUGCUCAAAAGGCAGGGCUACGGAGAAGGCUUCCGCUGGCUGGCGCAGUACGUUGAGUAACGCCAGCCCGCGCCGACGGAGGCCUGCACAGGGCUCCGAUUGCUCAACACGCGGAGCUUGAAUCCAAUAGACUUCUCUUGGUUUUAAAAUAGAUAUUUUUUAGAAUAUUAAUAUUACAUCAAGCUAAUUUGAGUGAGAAUUGAAAACUGAUCCAAGUAAGUUUGUUAGUUUCUAAUUCCAUACAGAUAGUUUUACAGUUUUUAAUCUGACGUCCUCCCAGCGCCAUUUAUAAAGAGCAGCGUCCCAGCAGUAUCACCCUUACCAAUGGGAAGCUACAGAUGUGAACCAUAUUGAAAAGUUCAUCAUGUUAAAUUUUUUAUGUACUUUUUUGGAACUAGUUUUUAAAUUUUAGAUUAUAUGUCCACCUCUUAAGUGUACAGUUAAUAACGUGCUCUUCUAUGAUUGCAUGAUGCCUUACGGUUUUCAGUAACACUUUUCUUAUGCAAACAUCAUGCAAUAAAGCAAACUGUAACGUGUGGCACCCUC